ACCAGCAAAGUGGACAGAAAAGGACAGAUGGGGAACGUUUUUCAGUUUUUUGCUGCUGCGUCUGCUCUGUGUGCCGUCUCCUCACUUCCUGCACAUAAAUACCAUUUUGUUUAUGAACCAAAGACCUGGAAUGACGCUCAGAGUUUCUGCAGGGAACAUUACUCAGACCUGGCAACCAUCCACAACAUGGAUGACGUGAACAUCCUAAACGAGAUGGCGGACUCGCAGCAGAUGAGAGCCUGGAUCGGACUGUAUGACAACUGGAAGUGGUCCGGCUCUGAUGGGGAGUACAGGAACUGGCAGUCUGACCAACCCACUACGUACCAGGCAGAAGAGAACUGUGUGGCAAUUAUGCCGAAUAGUCAGUGGAUCGAUGCACCCUGUGAAUGGCUCUUAAGACCAGUCUGCUCUGAUGGGACCGGAUUGAAAGUGACUUUUGUCCCCAUCAACGACUCCAUGACCUGGGCCAAUAGUCAGAGAUACUGCAGGGAACAUCACACAGAUCUGGUCACCAUCAGAAAUGAGACGGACAACCUGGAGGUAAAAAAGCUGAUUUCAGUAAACGCAGCUGUUUGGAUUGGUCUCUACAGGAAGUCCUGGGAAUGGGUGGAUGGAAGCACCUCCUCGUUCCGGUACUGGAAGUCCGGGGAACCCAACAACGUCAAGGUGAAGGAGAACUGUGUGGCAGCAAAUUUUGGAGCUUCUGGAAUUUGGGAGGAUGACAACUGUGAUGUGGAGAAACCAUUUAUCUGCAACCAAGUUGCAGUUUCACAGAAGGUUCUGAAAGUGAAGCUGGUCACAACCUCCCCUCUGGACCUGGAGGAUCCUGCUGUGCUGGAAAACCUGCUGAAGCAGCUGGAACUGAAGCUGCAGCAGCAGGGAGGGAAGCCAGACGUCAAACUGAGCUGGAGGAAGCAGACGGAUGGAAAGAUAUUCCAUAAAGAAGAUGAUAUGUAGGAGGAUCUUAGAAGCUGAAAAUCCAGCUGGUGCAACAGUUAUUUCACAAGAUGCAAAUAUUGAAAUGAUUGUUUAGUUGAAGGAAUUCCUCUGAGGAGUGAAGAGGACUGAAUUAAUGCACAGAUGAGCAAAAUGUUGGU